CUGAAGGAAGAUGGCCACUUGACGACAACGUAAACAGUGCUGUUUGCUGUGGAUGUUAGACAUUUCUUUCGUGCUAAGGUGUUAUAUAUCUCAACACGAUUGGGCUUCCGAUGUUGAUGUGAAUUUUUAGGUAGAAUUCACUGAGAGAUUCAAAAUGCCCAGUGCAGGAGCGAUCUGUCCUCCACAAAUCAUACCUCUGAGGGAACCAUACCCAGGUUUAGCCUCAAACAGAGUUGAUUCUUCAACUUUCUUAGAGCUUUACUCAGAGUCUCCCGGUGCUAAGAUAUAUUUCACAACAGAUGGAACCAAGCCUAGUCCAUUUCAAAGGAUAAUUACAGGCAGAGAAGUUACCUUCAAAUACAUUGCCCCAUUCACUCUUAAACCUGGAAAGAGGACCUUAAAAUGUGUAGCAGUUUCCAGAGAUGGAAUGCGAGAAAGUGAUGUGGUGACAAAGACACUGACAGUUGAUGACAUAGGAUUUACAACCACAACAUAUACUUCUACCUCAGAAUAUGAUUCCACUUCCACAUGUGUUGAAUCGGAUGAUGAUAAACCUAGGUCUAGAAGUCGAACAAAACCUAGGAAAAAGGGGUCACCCAGCCGCCGACCUUUGCAAACUACCCCAAGAGAGGCCUGGGCUGCCAGCAACACUCAAAUAGACAGGGUGGCAGGCACUUCAGGAUAUGACAGCACAGCUGUGCCAGAAGGACCUUUCAAUCCCACAAAUUACUCUGGCACCCAGAUAAAUGUGUGGGGCUCGACAUCUGGGCAGAGCAUGCAGGUAAACCCCAAUGGUACUGUCACCAUGGGACCUGGCAACCCAACAGGGGCAUCCCAUCCCAACACCCAGUAUGGAUUCCUCACUGAGCAGAUGAUAAAGAACUGCAAGCCUACAGAUAAGUGCUUGACGGUGGGUGACCUGAGGAAAGCCUUGGAGGACCAGAAACCUAAAGAGCCUCCCCCAUCUCCUGUCAAGGCCAUUGAGUACCCUGUGUAUAAGGAUCCACCUGUGAAUGCUAUCAGUCCGGGCAAGGGAGAAUGGAAGGAGCAAAUACUGCACAUUUAUUCCCACAUGCUUGAAUAUGCAAAAGGCCAUACUGACUUCAAGAUUAAAGUUUCUGAGCCCAAAAUGGGAAAGAUGUUGUCAGCUGAGAUGGUUGAUGAAGGCGAUGGCUACAGAGUGUCCGUGGUUCUUGCCAAGCCAGGAGUUCCAAGAGGAGCUGUGCGUAAACCACCCAAAGUUAAGGAGGCACCACCUCCGUCCACGACAAAGAGGAAACCAUCAACAUCAUCGACUAAAGAAACCAAACCUAAGCCCAAACCCAAGGCUGAUCCUUACUUUGACAUGGAGACUGAAAACUUGAAUACUGAAGGAACUGUCAAGCCUUACCCGAACUUUAAUGCUGAACAAGAUUGUGAGGUAUUGCGGAGUGCUAUGAAAGGAAUUGGAACUGAUGAAGAGGCAAUAAUUAACAUUAUGGCUUACAGAUCCAGUCCUCAAAGGGUAGAAAUUGUCAGCACGUACAAGACCCUGUUUGGGAAGGAUUUAAUUGAGGAUUUUAAGAGUGAGCUGAGUGGCAACCUGCUGGAGACUGUGAAGAGACUGUGUCUGGGACCUGCAGCGUUUGACGCUAAGGAGCUCAGGAAUGCCAUCAAGGGAUUGGGAACAGAUGAAGAUGUCCUCAUUGAAAUUCUCUGCACUCGAUCAAAUGCACAGAUAAAAGAAAUCAUCAAGAAAUACAAAGAAAUGUUUAACAAAGACCUGGAGAAGGAUAUUGUAUCAGACACGUCUGGACAUUUGAAGCGAUUGCUGGUGGGCUUGGUUCAGGCUAAUCGCUCAGACAGCAGUGAGAUUGACAGAAACAAGGCACACCAAGAUGCCAAAGCUAUGUAUGAGGCUGGAGAGAAGAAAUGGGGAACAGAUGAAUCUCGUUUUAAUGUCAUUCUUGUGUCUCGUAGUUACGCUCAACUCCGAGCCACGUUUGAGGAAUAUCGCAAGAUUUCCAAGAAGGAAAUAGAGGAAGUACUGAAGAGCGAGUUGUCAGGAGAUUUGUUAAGGGGAAUGCUAACUAUAGUACGCUGUGUGAAGAACAAAGCAGCUCACUUUGCCCGUCAGCUACAGAAGACGAUGAAGGGGCUAGGGACGGACGAUGACACACUACUACGAGUGGUCAUCUCACGCUGCGAAAUUGAUAUGGUCCAGAUCAAAGAGGAAUUUGAGAAACUCACCGGUCAAACCUUGGAACAGUUUAUAGCUGAUGACUUAUCAGGAGACUAUCGUAAGAUUAUCCUGUCCCUGGUUGUUGGAGGCCCUCCCCCAGAGAGCAGUGCCAAAUCUGGUAAAGCCUUUGUACAGGCCACAAGGAGUAAGACGGAUGAGCAGCUGGACGAGGAAGUGAAAAUGGAGUCAGAGCCAGUCCAGGAAGAUCCAACUGUUACACCAGCUGAAAAUUUCAAUGCAGAAACAGAUGCUGAGGUACUGAGGAAGGCCAUGAAAGGUCUAGGGACAGAUGAGGAUGCCAUUAUUGGUGUGUUGGCAUACAGAUCAAAUGAGCAAAGGCAGGAGAUUGUGAAAACCUUCAAGACCAUGUUUGGCAAGGACCUUAUCAAGGAGCUGAAGGGAGAGUUGAGUGGAGGCUUGUGUAAGCUGGCCACAGGGCUCUGUCUGUCCUCUGCAGAUUUUGAUGCCACCAUGGUGAAGAAAGCCAUCCGGGGAUUAGGCACAGAUGAGAAGGUCCUUGUUGAAAUGAUCUGUACUAGGAGCAAUGCUCAGCUGACAGCUAUGAAGGAAGCAUACAAAACAUUGUUUGGCAAGGAUAUGGAGAAUGAAGUAGGCUCUGACACAUCCGGCCACUUCAAACGUCUUCUCAUUGGACUGCUUCAAGCCACUCGGGAUGAGAGCAAGGAAUUUGACAGAAACAAAGCUAAGCAAGAUGCCCAGGCCUUAUUGGAUGCCGGUGAGAAGAAAUGGGGGACGGAUGAGUCUCGCUUUCACACCAUUCUGGUCUCCAGAAGCUAUGCACAGCUCAGGGCGACAUUCCAGGAGUAUGCCAAGAUAUGUAACAAUGACAUAGAGGAUACCAUAAGUUCAGAGAUGUCAGGGGAUCUCAAGGCAGGCAUGCUGUCCAUAGUGCGUUGUAUCAGGAACAAAGCUGCCCACUUUGCCAAUGAGCUGCAUGGUGCUAUGAAAGGGUUGGGCACAGAUGAUGACACAGUCUGCCGUGUUCUUGUGUCACGCUGUGAAGUUGACAUGGUCCAGAUAAAGGAGCAAUUCCAACGACUUUACAAACAAACACUUGGCAUGUUUAUAAAGGAUGAUAUUUCAGGGGAUUACCGUAAGUUGUGCUUGGCCUUGAUCAGAGACGAGAAUGCUGCGAAGAAGAAAUAGAUAUAUAUUCUCUUACUGGCAAGACGGUGCACAAAAAUGCCCAAAAUAGAUG